AUGGGCAACGAAGCGAGCCUGGAGGGAGGAGAGGCGCUGGCCGGGCUGCCCGACGGGGUGGCGGCCGCCGCGGCCGGGGACGGCGGAGGGCAAGGGCUGGCAGCCGGCGUGGAGGCGGAUCUGAGCCGGCUCAGCGAGGAGGAGCGGAGACAGAUCGCCGCUGUCAUGUCAAGGGCGCAGGAGCUGCCCAAAGGAAACCUCCCCGGCACGACCAGCGCGGAGUCCCCUCCCCUGCAAAGAUACCCUGAGCUUGAUAUAAACCACUAUGCAAGGCAGCCAAGUAAGUCUCCAUCCAGUUUAAGCAAAAGCAGAACAGUAGAUGUGUUGAAGACAGAACAACGGUCACCUGGAAGGAGCCCUUCUUCCACUAGUCUGAGAGAAUCUAAAUCCAGGACUGAUUUUAAAGAAGAUCAGAAGCCAAGUAUGAUGCCUAGCUUCCUCUCUGAGGCCAAUCCAUUAAGUGCAGUCACUUCAGUUGUAAACAAGUUCAAUCCUUUUGAUUUGAUAUCAGACUCAGAUGCAGCCCAGGAAGAAGCCAACAGGAAACAAAAAGCAGUUCAGAAGGACCAGGGAAAGCCUGAGGAGCAAAAGGGACUUGCAAAGCAUCCAACUCAGCAACAAUCUCCAAAGCCAACAGUUCAGCAAAAAGAGCCUGUCAAAUCUGCACCCCAGCAAGCAGGACCUUCCAGACUGCCAUCCCAACAGCAGCAACCAGGGGCAUCUAAGCAAGCUCCGAAACCGGGGCCUGGUCAGCCAACAGGCCCUCUAUCAGAACAAGCAAAACAACCAUCUCAACAACGAGGGCCACAGAGAACUCAGCCCCAGCAAUCAGAACCCACAAAGCAGGUACCUCAACAACAGAGUCCUGCAAAACCUUCGCCACAGCAACCAGGCCCAACCAAAACAUUACCACAGCUACCAGAUGCUGCUAGAGGACCAUCCCAUGCACCAGCUCCCGCAAAGCCAUCAGCACAGCAGCCAGGUCCUACAAAACAACCAUCUCAGCAACCAGGACAGCAAGCAGGUCCUGCAAAGCCAUCGCCUCAACAAGCUGGGCCUACUAAACAACCAUCUCAGCAGCCUGGACCCGGGAAGCCAUCCCCUCAGCAAGCAGGACCUGCUAAGCAACCAUCUCAGCAGCCAGGACCUGCAAAACCAUCUCCGCAGCCAGCAGGGCCUGCAAAGCUACCGUCACAACAACCAGGACCUACAAAACUAUCAGGCCAGCAACCAGGGCCUGGUAAACCUUCACAGCAACAAGUAACUGCAGCCACACCUGGUGAAUCAGGCCCAAAGAAAACUUUCUGUCCUCUUUGCACUAGCACUGAACUGCUUCUGCAUACUCCAGAACAGGCCAAUUACAAUACAUGCACACAGUGUCAAACCGUGGUCUGCAGCCUGUGUGGCUUUAAUCCCAAUCCGCAUAUAACAGAGGUUAAAGAAUGGCUCUGUUUAAACUGCCAGAUGCAAAGAGCACUAGGUGGUGAUUUAGCUUCAGUUCAUGGUCCUAUGCCACAGCCUCUUCCACUCAAACAGAAGACAACCUUUCCACCUUUAACAACCAGACCACCCUCCCAGCCCCAGCAGCCUACUCAGAAGAAACAGAUUUCUCAAACACCUGCUCCUUCCCAGCCCCCAGAACCUAAAAAGCCCCCACCACUGACAAAGCAACCAUCCAUGCCUGGCUCUCCCCCUGUGAAAUCAAAGCAGCCGCCCAUUGAGCCUGUUACCCUACACAUCUCUCAGCAAAUUGAACCCACUCCAAAAUUUGGCCAGAUCAAGCCAACAUUGGUUGAAGAUAAGCAAAAGAAGCCUACAACUGACAGUGUGCCUACCUCUUCGGCAUCUGGUCUGAAACAGGAUUCACAAGGUCUCAAAGCUCCGUCAACUCAACAGAAAGCAAUGGAACCUCAGAGAGCAGAACAUGCCAAGCUAUUGCAGGACAGCCAUCUGGCUGGGGAUAAAGCUGUCCUGCCAGAUUCCAAAACCUUACCACAAGUGUCACAGCAAAAGUCAGAUCCUAGAUUUGUUUCUCACCCUGGAUCAGACACUAAAGGUCAAAAAGCUGUUGAGCCAACACAAAUGAAGGAAGACCCUAAGAAGACACAAAUAAAAGUAACCCCAAAACCUGAUGCCAAGCAGGUUCCAAAAGGACAACAACCAGCUGUAGGCCCAAAGCCUACCCCAGUGCAGCCAAUACCUCAGCCUCAAAAGCCUCAGAGAGCUCAAGAGCAACCAAGGCGUUUCAGUCUAAAUCUGGGAGGUAUUACUGAUGCCCCUAAAUCACAGCCUACAACUCCACAAGAAACAGUUACAGGGAAACUCUUUGGAUUUGGCGCUUCAAUCUUUAGCCAGGCUUCAAAUUUAAUCUCCACAUCAAGCCAACCAGGACCUCAAUCAUCGGGCCCUCUACUGGGGCCUGCUACUAAGCAACCCCCUCCACCAUCUCAGGUACCGCCCAAAGAGGCCAGUCAGACUCAACUAUCUCCAAAAGCAGCACCUGCGAAAAAAGAAGCCAAGCCUCCUGUGGCAGAAAAAUCACAGCCACCCAAGGCAGAUAACAUUGUAACCAUUAAAGGGUCUGAAUUUGAAAAGAAACCUAUUGCUGCUAAAGACAGCACUCCUCAAAUUGCUGAAUCUAAAAAAACUGCUGGGCCACCGGGACUGGAAAAAACUACCCUACCUAUAUCAACUUGUACUCUUUGUAAAACUGGACUAAACAUUGGUUCUAAGGAUCCUCCCAACUUCAAUACAUGUACAGAAUGCAAGACUAUUGUGUGCACUCUCUGUGGAUUUAACCCGAUGCCGCACAUAGUUGAGGUACAAGAAUGGCUGUGCUUAAACUGCCAGAGACAAAGAGCAAUAUCAGGACAACUUGGGGAUAUGGGCAAAAUGCCACCUCCAAUGGCAGCCCCUUCACAGUCAGUAUCCAAACCAUCUGUUGUUCCUCAGAGCCAGCCUAUGCCAGCCGAGUCAGAUCGCCCUCAGAAAACUGCAGCACUGCCUACCCAAAUAGUGGAGAAAUCAAAAGAAGAACCAGGAAUUCAGAAGAAAGUUCCAAAGCUUUCACAGGGGAAAUUGGCAAAGACUCUUUCAGCUGAUAAAAUCCAGCAGGGGAUUCAGAAGGAAGAUCCAAAAUUCCAGCUGGGGAAACUGGUUAAGAUACCAUCAGCUGAUAAAAUCCAGCAAGGAAUUCAGAAGGAAGCUCCAAAAAUUCAGCAGGGGAAACUGUCAAGGAAACCUUCAGCUGAUAAAAUUCACCAGGGAAUACAGAAGGACGAUCCAAAACAUCAACAGGGGAAACUGGCAAAGACAUCGUCAGUGGAUAAAAUUCCUCCGGAGAUAAGUUCAGAUGUAAAGCAACGUAUAAGCAAAUUGGAGGAAGACAAAAAAUGUAUGCUCCCGGAAGAGAAACCAUUCCUCCCAGAGGGCAAAAAAGAGGACAUCAAAGUUGAGACUAAAGGACAAGGUAUCAAAGAGAAGUUAGAAGCCAAAGUACCUCCUGAGAAAUUGCAGGUUAAGAAACAAGAGGAGAUUAAGAAGGAAGAUUUGACCACUGAGAUUCCACAAAUGCUAUCCAAACAUGAAAACAUCCAGAAAAAAGAAACCCUAGCUCAAGUAGCACCUUUGCCAAGACUUGAUCGUGUGGAAACAGUGAAAGAAAAAACGGAGCAGGAGGUUGACAAAUCAGACACAUCAAUCUCUCAGCAACAGAGAAGUCCACAAGGUCUGAGUGACACUGGGUAUUCUUCUGAUGGGAUAUCAAGUUCACUUGGUGAAAUUCCAAGUUUUAUCCCCAGUGAUGAAAAAGAUUUACUCAAGGAACUUUCUAAAAAAGAUACUUUUUCGCAAGAAGGCAGUCCUUCAAGCCCCUCAGAUCUUGCCAAGUUGGAAAGUACAGUUCUAUCAAUUUUGGAAGCUCAGGCAAGUACACUUGCUGAGGAAGAGUCUGGGAAGACCAGAGAUCUUUAUGGUAUAUAUGGCGAACAGACAAAAGAUCCACAUAGAACAAAGCCUUUGCCAAUGACUCCAGAACCUUACAGUUCAGAUGAGGAGGAUCUGGAAGACAUUCAAGAAGAAGAUGAAGAAAGUCUUGAAGAAGAUGGAAAACAAAGUGUUCCAACUCAGAAAGACUAUAAGGAAAAGACAGAUGCAGUAGAUGAUAUAUCAACAAGAAGGCAACGCUAUGAUUCUGUAGAAGACAGCAGUGAGAGUGAAAAUUCACCAAUCACAAGAAGAAAAAGACGAACUAGUGUUGACUCUUCAAGUAGCGAUGAGUACAAACGAGAAGACAGUUUAGGAUCAGGUGAUGAUGAAGACUUCAUUCGAAAACAGAUCAUAGAAAUGAGUGCUGAUGAAGAUGCCUCAGGUUCUGAAGAUGAUGAAUUCAUUAGGAACCAGCUUAAAGAAAUCAGUGUAAUUGAAAGCCAAAAGAAGGAAGAAGUGAAAGUCAAAGCUAAAGGGACAGCUGGAAAACAUAGAAGGAUGAUGCGGAAGAGUAGCACAAGCUAUGAUGAGGAUGCUGGAAGACGUCACUCAUGGCAUGAUGAUGAUGAUGAUGAUGAUGAAACUUUUGAUGAAAGCCCAGAACCAAAAUAUAGGGAAACCAAAAGUCAAGACAGUGAAGAACUCACUGUAACUGGAGGAGGUGGAGGCCUUAGACGUUUCAAAACAAUAGAACUCAACAGCACGAUAACAAAUACAUAUUCUGAGGAAUCUGAACCACAGAAGGGUAGCUUAUAUUUUGAUGAAGAGCCAGAGCUAGAGAUGGAGAGUCUUACAGAUUCACCAGAAGACAGAUCUAGGGGAGAAGGAUCUUCUAGUUUGCAUGCCUCCAGUUUUACUCCAGGUACAUCUCCCACAUCUGUGUCAUCUCUCGAUGAAGAUAGUGACAGCAGUCCUAGUCACAAAAAAAUGGGAGGAGAAAGCAAACAGCAGCGCAAAGCCAGACACCGGUCACAUGGUCCUCUUCUUCCCACCAUUGAAGACUCUUCAGAAGAAGAAGAGCUAAGGGAGGAAGAAGAGCUGCUAAAGGAACAAGAGAAACAACGUGAAUUAGAACAGCAGCAAAGAAAGAGUUCUAGCAAAAAAUCUAAGAAAGACAAAGAUGAACUAAGAGCACAGAGAAGACGGGAACGUCCAAAGACCCCACCAAGUAAUCUUUCUCCUAUUGAAGAUGCAUCUCCAACAGAAGAGUUACGACAGGCAGCAGAAAUGGAGGAGCUGCACCGAUCUUCCUGUUCUGAAUAUUCACCAAGUAUUGAGUCAGAUCCUGAAGGAUUUGAAAUCAGCCCAGAAAAAAUAAUAGAAGUGCAAAAGGUUUAUAAGUUGCCUACAGCUGUCUCUUUAUAUUCUCCAACAGAUGAACAACCUGUUGGAGUCCUAAAAGAAGAAAGUAGCCAAAAAACAUUAAAAAGUGCUGAAGAGGUAUAUGAGGAAAUGAUGCACAAAUCCCAUAAACCCAAACUAUUUCAAAGUGCAAAUGGAAAAGAAGUCUUUGAAAAAGACUCUUUAUAUGGUGGCAUGUUAAUAGAGGAUUAUAUUUAUGAAUCUUUAGUAGAGGACACAUAUAAUGGAACUAUUGAUGCUAAUCUUGUAAUGAGACAAGAUGAAAGUAGUGAAUUUAUUCAGCAGAGAGGGAGAGAGAAAAAAAUAAAACCUCCAGAUCAGAUUUAUGAAGAAACUAUGCAGAAAAUUGUAGAUCGACAGAGAGACUAUUACAAUGUAGAGCCUUUGCAUUCAAUUGUGCCUCAAGAAGACAUUGUGUCUAGUUCUUACAUUAUACCAGAAAGUCAUGAGAUAGUUGUACUUGACAAUGUUGUAACUUCCACCACUGAGGAAAAGCAGUUGUUAGAUGCAGAUGCUGCUUAUGAGGAGCUUAUGAAACGACAAAGAAUGCAGCUAACACCAGGCUCCAGUCCAACUCAGCCUACAUCUGAUUUAAUUCCUGCACCAGAUACAAACGUAUUUAUAGUUGGAGAUAUAGUGGAUGGUGAAUCUUUAGCGUCAAGUGCUCCUCUGACAGUUUCAGAUACAGCUUCAGUCAGCAGCACAGUGCUUUCUAUUCCAGAUGUUAAAAUAACUCAGCACUUUACUACAGAAGAAAUAGAAGAUGAAUACCUAACAGAUUAUGCCAGAGAAGUUCAGGAAAUCAUUUCUCAUGAAACGUCAAUAUUGACCUACUCUGAGGCAUCAGAAAGUGCGACAUCAGUUUUACCUUAUGAUACACCUUCUCUUACAUCAUCUACAUCUUCAAUUUGUACCACUGAUAGCUCAUCACCUAUUACUGGAAUAGAUAGCACAACUGCAGGUUAUGUAGACAUAGAAGAUGUUGUAGGUAAAUUAGUACAUCCUGAAGAUAUUGGCACAAUAGUACAAGUUCCCUUAAGUUUCACAAAAGAAUAUUCUGAAAUAAGCACACCUUAUGAACCUGUUACUGUUCUCCCUAAAAAGACAGUUGUAUCCACAGAUAUGGCAAGUGUGGAUCAUGGUGUAAUGUCUUUGCCUGAAGAUGCACCUUCUGUUGUCACAACUAUGGCUAUAAAACCGAAGCAAUAUACUUCUGACUUCACUACCUUUGAUUCACCCAAACCAGAAACAGAGACAGCCAAAAAAAUUAAAAGUACAGCUGAUGCUGGUAUUGCUAAAUUACUUUCUGAGGAUGUACACAAAGGAGCUGAGUUUGACAUGGCAAGGGUUAACUUGGCUGAGGCAGCAUCUGACCUAUCUCCUGUGUGUAUAACAUCAGAGCCAGCCCCAGUCAUAUCUUCUGUAUCUACUACCCAUAUUACAACUAAGACCAGCACUGUAUCUGCAUUACCAUCUAUUGCUUCUUCAGUUCCUACUGUAACAUCCAAAGUAUUCUCAUUUUUUAGAAGCUCUCCUUUGGAUUUUUCAACCCAAUCAUCUCCGCCACCACCACCCCCUCCUCCUCCACCUCCACCACCUCCGCCUCCCCUACCAUUACCCCCACCGACUCCACCAAAGCCAGCUAUUUAUCCCAAAAAGAAGCCACGUGUUCAGGCUCCAAUGACAACAGCUCCUGCAGUGGCACCUUCACUUACUAGUGUUGUAGCCAUAGAGGCCACAGAGGUGUUGAAGAACAACGUGACAUCUGCCCAAAAAAUAUACAUCCCGACACCACCUCCUGUGCCACCCAAGCCAUCCUUAAUUCCAGCAGGGCUUGUGUUCAGUCACAGGCCCAUUGAGGUAACUAAGCCUCCAAUUGCUCCUAAGCCAGCAGUUCCUCAGCUCCCAACAGCUGCUCACCAGCCAGCAGAGAAACAGCCAAAACCAACAGGUUUGCCAUUGAAAAGUAUGACUUUGAAUUUGGUCUCUUCAGCAGAGUGCAAGUUGACAUCCCCGAUGUCCCCUUUGUCUCCACAUUCUAACAAAUCUUCACCAAGGCUGACCAAACCCUCACAGGAAACCUAUGUUGUUAUCACAUUGCCAUCUGAACCUGGAACUCCCACAGAGUCUGUAACUAGUCAAGCUAUUACCAGUUGGCCUUUUGGGUCAUCCUCUAAGGAACAGCUUCCCCAAAAUAUGCAGCCUCUGUUUACUCCAUCUAUGAAAGCCAUGGAAAUUCAAAGUAUGAGAGAUCACAGCAUGUAUGUUUCAGAUGCUUUGCAAAUGCUUGCCAAUGUUCCUGUCACAGCACGAUCAACUUUUGAAACAGUCCCUAGUUCGGUAACACAGUUAAUAACAACAGAGGUGACCAAGACCACAGUGUCUGUGGUGAAAAGCUCAGUUCCCACUGUUGGUUUAGGUAGUGUCUCUAUUACUAUUCCUCCAGAGCCCACACAAAUAGAUGAGCAACCCAGGUGUAGAGAGAAUGGAAGAUUCCAUCUGUUUGGUGAUAUUAUUGACCUUCGUACUUUAACUAAAAUGGAUAAAAUGAAUAUUGAAAUGACAGACAGCUGUAUGGAUCUGUCUGCUUUUCCCAUAGAUGUGAGAAGACAAACUAUGGCAAGUGAUAUAUGUGGGCGGCCAGUAAGUGCAGUCCAACCAGGUAUCAUAAAUCUUAGCACUGUGUCAGCUGCAGAACCCUCUCUAGCACUAGUCUCAGAAACAGUAACAAUAAUGACCUGCACAGCUACUGUAAGUUACACAUCAAGUACAGAAAGCCUUGUAGAUCUGGGGCAUGCAAUGACAACACCACUGCAGCUGACCACGUCAAAACAUUUUGAGCCUGCAUACAGAGUAACAGGCAGCCAGGUAUUCUCUGCAGGUAGAGAUGAAGUGCCAAUAAACUUGUCCCUGGGUACUUCAACACAUGCAGUGUCCUGGGCUACUGCAAUGCCUGUUACUGUACCUCCUGUUGGUAUGACAAAUGGUUGGACGGAUGUCUCCACAUCCCAGGAGCUAAUAGAGAGUGGAGCAGUUGACCUUAGCACCACAAAAUCCCACAGAACACUGGUGACAGUGGAUGAAGUUACUUCAGGAGUUGUUACCAGUGUAAUAGAAGAAGAUGAAAAGCCUGUUGAUCUGACUGCAGGGAAAAGAGCUGUUUGUUGUGAUGUGGUUUAUAAAUUACCAUUUGGCAGUAGCUGUACAGCACAGCAGCCUCCAACCACACUGCCUGAAGAUCGGUUUGGUUACAGAGAUGACCAUUAUCAGUAUGAUCGCUCAGGGCCAUAUGGGUACAGAGGAUUUGGAGGUAUGAAACCAUCCAUGUCUGACACUAAUUUAUCAGAAGCUGGUCUUUUUGUGUACAAAAGCAAGAAUAGCUUUGAUUAUCGAGUUGGGGCAACAGAUGCAGCAGUAGAUCUAACUUCUGGAAGAGUCACUGCAGGUGAGGUAAUGGAUUACUCAAGCAAGACCACUGGUCCUUAUCCAGAGACUCGGCAGGUGAUUUCAGGCAUCGGGAUUAGUGCACCACAGUACUCCCAAGCAAGAAUUGUACCGUCUCUGGGAUCCCAGUAUGGUGUUGGAAGUGUGUUAAGAUCCUCUAAUGGUGUCGUUUAUUCCUCGGUUGCAACUCCGAUCCCAGCCACAUUUGCCAUAACCACACAGCCUGGUUCUAUUUUCAGUACAACUGUCAGAGAUUUAUCUGCUGUCCAAACAAUUGACUCAGUGUCCUCAUUAUCAACCUUGCAACAGAAUCAGCCACUUCCAAGAUCAUACAGUUUCUUGACAACAGUGGCAGCUGAAAAAGACAAUGCAGUUACUGGCAUUGAUAUUGACACAGGGUUGCAACCUGGCACUAUAGAAACUAUUACCACUGAGCCAACUGACCUGAUGCCUGCUUUAACUAUAGCUUCUGAAGCUUUUACAGAUGUACUUGAAGAUGAAGUUGCACUUCUCAUUGCCCCUGAAGAAGACAAACAGCAGCAGCUUGACUUGCAACGUGAACUGCUUGAGCUUGAGAAACUUAAGCAGCAGCGCUUUGCAGAGGAACUAGAGUGGGAACGUCAGGAAAUCCAAAGGUUUAGAGAACAAGAAAAGUUAAUGGUCCAAAAAAAACUUGAGGAGUUGCAAUCCAUGAAGCACCAUCUCUUAUUUCAGCAAGAAGAGGAGCGACAAGCUCAGUUCAUGAUGAGGCAGGAAACCUUAGCCCAGCAGCAAUUACAGCUUGAACAAUUUCAACAACUUCAACAGCAGCUUCAUCAGCAGCUGGAAGAGCAAAAAAUUCGCCAGAUAUAUCAAUAUAAUUAUGACCCUUCUGGAACUGUCUCUCCACAAACAAGCACAGACCAAGCCCUUCUGGAAGGGCAGUAUGCUGCUACAGAAAAUGGCCAGUUUUGGACUAGCGAUGACCCAACCACCACAGCUUCCACUAUGCUGGGCAUUGAAAUUCCACAAAGCCAAACAUGGUACACAGUUCAGUCAGAUGGCAUUACGCAAUAUAUAUCUAGGCCUGGUAUGCUGAGCUCUGUUUCAGAAAUGUCUCUUAAGGACAUGGAUAUGAGAGAGGAGAAACAAUUGAAAAAGAGAAGCUCCAUGCCAAAAUUGCGUGGUCAGUACGACAAGCUUGAUGAGACUCUGGAAAAAGGGCCCAGUUUUUUUAAAAAAAUAGUGGACAGUGGAGUACAAACUGAUGAUGAAGAUGGUGCAGACAGAAGUUACACAAACAGGAGAAGGAGAACUAAGAAGAGCGUUGACACAAGUGUUCAGACAGAUGAUGAAGAUCAAGAUGAAUGGGAUCUUUCUAACAGAUCAAGAAGAAAGUCUCAUGUUGGGAAAUAUGAGGGUACCACUGAGGUAGACAAGGCUAAGCCAUUUUCCAAAGUGUCUAGCAUUGCAGUUCAGACAGUGGCAGAGAUCUCUGUACAGACAGAACCUGUAGGGACCAUAAGAACACCUUCAAUAAGGGCCAGGCUGGAUGCUAAGGUUGAAAUCAUUAAACAUAUUUCAGCUCCAGAGAAGACAUACAAAGGAGAAAGUUUGGGAUGUCAAACAGAAACAGACUCAGAUACACAGAGUCCCCAGUACUUGACAGCCACAUCUCCACAGAAAGAUAAAAAGCGUCCAACACCAUUAGAAAUAGGCUAUUCAUCCCAUCUUCGUGCAGAUUCCACACUACAGGUAGUCCCUUCCCCUCCUAAAUCUCCCAAAGUUCUAUAUUCACCCAUUUCACCUGUUUCGCCAAGCAAAGUUAUAGAGUCUGCCUUUGUACCCUAUGAAAAAUCCAUCACUGAUGACGUCAGUCCUCAGAAGAUGCUACAUGCUGAUAUUGCCAAGGGUCCUCCACCGAGCCCAAAAUCUGCAAAGAUGAUGCAGCGCUCUAUGUCGGAUCCUAAGCCAUUGAGUCCAACAGCAGAAGACACUUCCAGGUCUCAGUUUCAGUACACUGAGGGAUUUGUGGCUAAAGGUUCUUCAGCUAUAACUUCGGGCACCCAGAAGAAAGUAAAGAGGACUCUACCCAACCCACCUCCAGAAGAUGCUACCACAGGGACCCAGUCAGCAUUCACUACUGUGGGGUCAGUUUCACGCAGAAGGAUCUGUAGAACCAACACCAUGGCCAGAGCUAAAAUUCUCCAGGAUAUAGACAGGGAAUUGGAUCUGGUAGAACGAGAGUCAGCCAAGCUUAGGAAGAAACAAGCAGAGCUAGAUGAGGAAGAAAAAGAAAUAGAUGCCAAACUGCGAUACUUGGAAAUGGGCAUCAAUAGGCGGAAAGAAGCCUUGUUAAAGGAAAGAGAAAAGAGAGAGCGUGCCUAUCUCCAAGGAGUAGCAGAAGAGCGUGAUUACAUGUCAGACAGUGAAGUUAAUAAUACCAGGCCUACUAGAAUGGAAGCCCAGCAUGGCUUGGAAAGACCACGAACUGCGCCACAAACAGAAUUUAAUCAAUUCAUGCCACCGCAGACCCAGCCAGAAACUCAGUUUGCUCCCCCUACAAGCCCUUAUACACAAUAUCAAUAUUCUUCUCCUGCUCUCCCUACACAAGCACCAACUCAGUAUACACAAGAGUCACAUUACCAACCACAGCAGACUUUAUAUCAUCAACAGGUUUCACCCUAUCAAACCCAGUCAGCCUUCCAGCCUGUGGCAACCAUGUCCUUUACUCCCCAAGCUCAGCCUCCACCAACCCAACAGUCAUCAUAUCAGCUACCGUCACAAAUGAUGGUGAUACAGCAAAAGCCAAGGCAAACUACAUUAUAUUUGGAGCCUAAGAUAACAUCAAACUAUGAUGUGAUUCGUAAUCAGACUCUCAUGAUAGCACCUGUUUCCACUGAUACUACUUAUGCAGUUUCCCAUCUUGGCAGCAAAUACAAUACCUUGGAUUUAAGGAUAGGGCUGGAUGAGAGAAGCAGCAUGGCGAGCAGCCCCAUAUCAAGCAUAUCUGCAGAUUCAUUCUAUGCAGACAUAGACCAUCAUCACACGCCACGAAACUAUGUGCUGCUGGAUGAUAUAGGAGAGCUUACAAAGGGAACGGCAGCACUGAGCUCUGCUUUUAGCCUCCAUGAGAAGGAUCUGACAAAAACUGAUCGACUUCUUCGAACCACCGAAGCCCGGCGUGCACAGGAAGUGACGGACUUCCUAGCACCACUGCAAACUUCUUCUAGAUUGCAUACUUAUGUGAAAGCAGAUGAAGAUCCAAUGGAAGAUCCUUAUGAGCUAAAGCUUCUGAAACAUCAGAUCAAGCAGGAGUUCCGCAGGGGUGCAGAAAGUCUCGAUCACCUUGCUGGCCUUUCUCAGUAUUACCAUGCAGAUACCAGCUACAGGCAUUUUCCCAAAUCUGAGAAAUACAGCAUCAGCAGGCUCACACUUGAGAAACAAGCAGCCAAGCAGCUCCCAGCAGCCCUCCUCUACCAAAAGCAGUCAAAGCACAAGAAGGCUUUGAUGGACCCCAAGCUGUCAAAGUUUUCACCUAUCCAGGAAAGUCGAGACCUUGAGCCUGAUUAUUCAAGCUAUAUGACUUCUAGUACUUCAUCACUUGGGGGCAUCACCUCCAGGGCAAGGCUUCUUCAGGAUGAUAUCACUUUUGGCCUCCGAAAAAAUAUCACAGACCAACAGAAAUUUAUGGGGCCAACACUGACAUCAUCCCUUGGAGCCAGCCUUGGGACCACACUAGGUGCAACAAUGAGAUCCACAUUACAAGAUGAAGCUGACAAGUCCUAUAGUGGUGGCAGUAGAUCAAGGCCCUCGUCUAGACCCUCUUCAGUCUAUGGACUUGAUUUAUCAUUAAAAAGAGAUUCCUCUAGCUCUUCUUUAAGACUGAAAGCCCAGGAGUCUGAACCAUUAGAUAUUUCUUUUAGUCAUGCAGCUCCCUCUGGAAGAACUAAACCUACAAGUCUACCUAUUAGCCAAAGCAGGGGAAGGAUCCCAAUAGUAGCACAGAACUCAGAGGAAGAGAGCCCUUUAAGUCCUGUUGGUCAGCCAAUGGGAAUGGCAAGAGCUGCAGCUGGACCCUUGCCACCAAUAUCUGCAGAUACCCGGGAGCAGUUUGGAUCAAGCCAUUCACUACCUGAGGUCCAGCAACAUAUGAGGGAAGAAUCACGGACUCGUGGGUAUGACCGGGAUAUAGCCUUCAUCAUGGAUGACUUCCAGCAUGCCAUGUCAGACAGUGAAGCCUAUCACCUCCGCCGUGAAGAGACAGAUUGGUUUGACAAGCCCAGGGAGUCUCGUCUGGAGAAUGGACAUGACUUUGACAGAAAACUGCAAGAGAAGUUAUCCCAUUCCAGACCACCAAGUCAACAUCAAGAUCAAAUAAAUGGGAAGCCUCUUCAGUACAUUUUCCCUCAUACAAGACUCAAACUACUGAGAGACCCAAAGGAUCACACUGUAUCAGGCAAUGGACUGGGAAUCCGAGUUGUAGGUGGGAAAGAAAUUCCAGGGAACAAUGGAGAAAUUGGAGCCUACAUUGCCAAGAUCCUCCCAGGAGGCAGUGCAGAACAGACAGGGAAGCUGAUGGAAGGAAUGCAGGUGUUGGAAUGGAAUGGCAUCCCCUUGACUGCAAGAACUUACGAAGAGGUCCAGAGUAUCAUUAGUCAACAGAGUGGGGAAGCAGAAAUAUGUGUAAGACUGGACCUCAACAUGCUCUCAGAUUCUGAGAAUCCCCAGCAUUUGGAACUGCAUGACCCAGUAAAGGCUGUAGACAAGGCGAAGUCCCCAGGGGUUGAUCCUAAGCAGCUGGCUGCGGAGCUCCAAAAGGUUUCCCUGCAGCAGUCCCCUUUGGUUGCUUCCUCAGCAGUGGAGAAGGGAUCUCAUGUCCAUUCCGGCACUCCUUCUGCCAGCUCCAGUGCUGUUCCCAGUCCCGGCCAGCCUGGUUCACCCUCAGUGAGCAAAAAACGACACAGCAGCAAGCCCACUGAAGCCACAAAGUCCACAUCCCAUCCAAUCACUGGAGAAAUUCAGCUUCAAAUCAACUAUGACAAGCACCUUGGCAAUCUUAUCAUACACAUUCUUCAAGCAAGAAACCUUGCUCCACGAGACAACAAUGGCUAUUCUGACCCUUUCGUUAAAGUCUAUCUACUUCCAGGGAGAGGACAAGUCAUGGUUGUCCAGAAUGCAAGUGCUGAGUACAAGCGGAGGACUAAAUACGUGCAGAAAAGCUUGAAUCCCGAAUGGAAUCAGACGGUCAUUUAUAAAAAUAUCUCCAUGGAGCAGCUGAAGAAGAAAACGCUGGAAGUGACUGUCUGGGAUUAUGAUAGAUUCUCCUCCAAUGACUUUCUGGGUGAAAUAUUGAUUGAGCUAUCCAGCACCUCUCAGCUUGACAACACCCCAAGGUGGUAUCCUCUGAAGGAGCAGACUGAAAGUAUUGACCAUGGGAAAUCUCAUUCUGGGCAGAGCAACCAGCAAUCACCAAAGCCAUCUGUCAUCAAGAGCAGAAGUCACGGAAUCUUCCCUGACCCAUCCAAGGACAUGCAGAUGCCCACCAUUGAGAAAUCUCACAGCAGUCCAGGGAGCUCUAAAUCUUCUUCUGAAGGACAUCUGCGCUCUCAUGGACCAUCCCGCAGCCAAAGCAAAACCAGCGUCACUCAAACCCACCUUGAAGACGCUGGGGCAGCCAUCGCUGCUGCUGAAGCAGCUGUCCAACAGCUUCGCCUUCAACCAACAGCACAUAAAAGCGGUCAGUCUGAUCAUGCCAGGAAGCAGCACAGACACAGCAUAGCAGGAGUCCUCCCAAUUCAAAGAACUCAGUCUGACAAUAUGCCUCCACCAGCCAAUGACAACAAAGACCAAAGCCAACUAGCCCUCAGAAAAGUGAUGUCUGAUGGACCAGUCAAGCCCGAAGGAGCAAGGCCUACCAACCACCGACCUACCGAAAACUCUGUCUCCACUGGCUCGUCAGCCAGUAGUUUUGGCAGCGGAUAUAGCAUGGAUAGCGAAGGAAGCAGCGGCACCACAGGGGAGAACAAUCUGUUUCCUAUUCCAAGAAUAGGGAAAAUGAGCCAGAACGGACAAGAAUCAAUAAAGCAGUCGGGAGUGGGAUUAACCGAUGCAGAAGGUAAAACCCAGGUGAUGGGUGAAAUCAAGAUUGCAUUAAAGAAGGAAAUGAAGACUGAUGGAGAACAGCUAAUCGUUGAAAUCCUUCAAUGCAGAAAUAUCACCUACAAGUUUAAAUCUCCAGAUCACUUACCAGAUCUGUAUGUGAAGCUGUAUGUUGUCAAUAUCGCUACCCAAAAGAGAGUAAUUAAGAAGAAAACCAGAGUGUGCAGACAUGACCGAGAGCCUUCAUUUAACGAGACGUUUAGAUUUAGUCUGAGUCCUGCUGGGCAUUCUCUUCAGAUUCUGCUUGUCUCCAAUGGAGGGAAGUUUAUGAAAAAGACACUGAUUGGUGAAGCUUAUAUCUGGCUUGACAAAGUGGAUCUAAGGAAAAGAAUAGUAAACUGGCACAAACUGAUGGUCAGCUCCACGCAAACACAUUGAGCAGACAUGUCUGCUUAGGGCACUAAACCUUGCAGCGUCUGCUGUAAAUGGCAUUACUCCAAGACUAUAGUUUGAUAUUGUGUUUAGCUAGGCUUUCAGAAUACAAAGUAGGGAAGAGUGGGCUCUGGGCUACACAGCACACUUAAAUGAGGGCUAGUCAACUUGUUUUGCUGUAAAAGACAGCAAAGAAAAAAACUGAGCCCAGAACUAAAAGCGAGAAAGUUUGAAAAGAAGUUUGAUCUGAGGGCUCCUUGACGUUGGACUCUUUGUGGCUGUCAGGAGAGUAACUCAGAAAGAAAUAAUGAAGGCUUGAAGGCAACUGUUAAUGUAGAGUUUGGCUGCGGCUGGAAGCAGUGUGUCUGAGAGAGCAAUCUGGGUUUCUGUGCAACCAGAAGGAGAUCAUUUUAUGCAAAAGCACCUAGGAUGACUGGUUUUUCAAAUCUCACUUAUCAGAAGUGUAAAACUUGUUCCUCUGCACCUUAGAAUCUCUGAUAAUUUGUUGUUUUGAGAUUAUGCCACAGGACACAAACUGCAGGCUGUUUGUAGCGGUGGGAACAUUAUUUUACAUGAUUUUUUUCUUUAUGUAAAGAAGAUACACAAUAGAGAAUCAGAUCAAAACUAUUCCAUUUUGUUUCCAUGCGUUAACAAUGGGUGUAGGUCUCUGUUCUGGAAUGUAAAGAAUAAAAGCACAUCCAUGGCUAUUUUUAUGUUUUUGGAGGGUGGUUGGAAAGAGAAAGGAUCAAAUGGAAACUGCACUAAAUAAGAAUGGGGGUGGGAGAGAAUGUUUUCUGUGCUAAUGAAACUGCAAUUCAUCCUUCCCUUUGGGUCAGCGGUUUACAAAAGUGGGUUUGUCUCUUUACAGUUUAAGCACUGAGAUCAAUACUAUCAUUUCAACUAUUCCCUUUUUGUCUCCAACCAUCAGCCUUACCCUUAAACUGUUUUAAGGCAGUAAAUGUUUAAAAUAUAUAGUAUAUAUUCUGAAACAUUCGACCCACUGUGGUAAUGCUACCCUGCUGUUUGUGGGGUUCUGGAUCAACAACAACAUCAGCGACACACGCUCCUUCUUGACAGCUAACAAGAAGGAAUAACAAAAUAUUUACCAUCUGGGGAUUGAAAUGUUAAUGCGUGUCGAGGAUAACUCAGGUGAAUGACUGGAAAUAGUCCAUUCAAAAGUGGCUUGUCAGGUAUGAAAUAUGUAAUUAAAUGAAGGUCACUGGCAACACUAUAACUUAAGGUUGUGUCAGAGCUCCCAGAAUAAAAGUUCUAUUUUCAGUCAUUUAUAACUCAGCAGUAACAAUUUCCUUUGGACUGAAAUUUUGCAUAGAGGAUCUUAAACUAGGUGUGAUAUUUUUCUUCUUACUCAGAUUAAAAGAAAAAGGAAAGUGCUUUCAUCAUUCUUAAAAUUGUAGAAAUAUUUAAAAUAAAUUGACAUGGGAUUAAUUCCCUUACCAUUAAAAAAUGGCUUCAUAUUUUAUACCUUCAUAUUUUUAAGUGAUUUGGCAGGGGAUUACCCUGAAAUAUCAUUGCUUUUUUGUAUUUAAAAAGAAAGUGACCAAAUUUAAAACACUAGCAAGUGUUUACUGUGUUUGCCCAACAGGAACUUUUCAUACACCAUUUUAAGUACCCGCGUUGUUUUUUUCACUAGAGAUAGCACAUCUCAAGAUGACUUGCAUGAUAAAUUCAAAUUAUUCCUCAGGAUAAUAAUUAUAUGCUUUAAAUAAAAUAGGGAGAGAUGAGAAACCAGACUGACUCUGAAAGAGCUAUUGUAAUUGUUUAACUUGAUGACACUUUUCUACAUAUUUGUUUUCCAUUUAUUUAUUCAAAAUUAAAAAUAACGCCACAGGAAAUGAGUGAAAUAUAGAGCAACUGGAAAAUGUUAGGGAUGCACAAACCAAAGAAAGACCAGUAAGUCCAAGUUAAGACUUUGGCGUACCACAUUUUACUUGCAACACAAUGCAUUCCUACCAUCAGGCCAUAAGUUAUCAUAAAGACACAACAGCACUGUCAAUGGGAGCACGGUGUGUGCUUUGACUUUUAAUGUCGUGCUUUCAUCAGUGUAUAACCCAACUCCGAUCCUAUGUAAUCACAGUCUGUUGGUGAUAAUAUAAAACACCCUAAUUAGUGUGAUUUAUAUGAAGAAUAAGAUUCUUCAAAACCAAAAUCCCCAACCAAACCCAAAAUCCCUAAGUGAGAUUUUAAAAAGAAAAAUCUUUCAUGUAAGUAUUGCUCCUUUGUUGGGUUAUUUUAAAUGCCUGAUGUCUACAGUAAGUCCUUUCUUUUCUAAAAUGUCCAAUUUCAAUUACGGCAUGAAGUAAAAGCAGUGUGAUGUGCAAUUUUGUGCAAACUGCUGGCAAUUUUGUUCUUGCUCAGAUUUAUUAUGAAGACAGCGAGUCAUGCUGAUGGUUGCUAUGGAGAUUUUCAGCAGGCACUAGCACUAACUGGAUGGCUUACUAGGAAGCCUAUAAUCAUUAUUCUUAAUUGAUGAAAGUGGGCUGGCAUACUUUGCUCUUACAUGCAUUCACAAAUGUUUCUGGUAUUUUUAUGAAAUGGGAUUGUUUGUCUGGUGUGGCUGGGGUUGUCCAGGAAAGCAACAGUUACCUUGGAAUUAGCCUUCUGAAAUGGGUUUAAUUCAUGCCUCUUUAUAUAUUGAAGUUCAAGUGUAACUUGUCUACUGGAAUCCCACCCUGAAAUACAAAGGGUAGCGGCUGUCAGGAAAACUGGUCAGUAUUAGCAAUGGCUUGACCAACAACAGCAGAGACAGGACUCUUUUGAUUUCAUGGUUGUUAUCCGUUGCAAAGAGCUAGUGACAGAGCUAGGUCCACGCACUUUCCCUUUUGUGAGAUACCAUCAAUUCAGAGUUCGCAAGAUGCUUCCAAAGUGUGCCAAGUUCCUUUUUUGAUCAGAUUUCUAGGUUGUACUGGAAUCAUUCUAUGCAACACUGUUUCGUGUUUGAAUGCAUUUUUCUUUUUUGGGUGAAUGAAGUCAGAAAAAACCCUUCUUGUGACAUUUAAAAAAAAAAACAAAAAAACACCAAACAAGGACUAUUAGAAUUUUUUACUUUUAUUGUAUAUAUUGCAACAUAUUCUUUCACCCCUCCCCCCCAUUUUAGGUUUCUUCAAGUGGCUGAAAGUGGUUAUAUGUGGCAGCAGAUCUUAUCAUCUCUGAAUAAUUGAUUAUUAGUGAAUUCACACAUUUCUUUGAAGAUGCAUAUUGUGGCCAGGCAAUGGCAGAGGCAGUUUAAUUUGUUUUAUUCAUACGUCUGCUGGGUCAACAGAGAUUGAAGCUGCUUCUUUGUUCAAGGCCUUGUACAGUGGAAACAAGCUGAAUUAUGAGAAAAAGCACAGUGUAUGUGUUUACAAUUAACAGGGAUUUCUAAUGUGGUCGUUACUAUUAUGCAUACAAUGAGCAGCAAACCAUUUUCUUUUUUCCUAGUUCACACUAGACAUGAGAAUUUCUAUGAUGAAUGUUGAGCUAGUACUUUAUCAUUACACUUUAAAGGGAUAGUAUCCAGGGGAAAUAUGAUAUCUUUAUUAUUACCCACGUUUUUUGCAUCAUAUCUCAGUGGCAGUAAUAAGGACCUGAUCCAACGCCUAUCGAAGUCAAUGGUAAUCUUUCCAUUCAUUUCAGUGUGGUUUUGGAUCAAGACCUAGGAAUUGGUAGAGAUCAUUUGCUGGAUACAUAGGUGUUCCAAUGGUUAGAUUGUGGGGGAUAUUGUAGCUGGUAACCAGCUGAUAUUGAUUCUGACUCUAGGAAUGAGGAGGAGGAGGACUGCUGGAGAAAAAGCAGCUAGUGUGCCCAAUUGAGAUGAUUUAAUUAGCAUUUAGUUUCAUGGAAAUAUCAUAAAGAUGUUAAUAGUAUUUUUUUAAUCUUAUUAUUUGAAUCAUAACUGACAAUAUUUUUAAGUACUUUAUUUUCAUUGCUACAGUGUCUGUAUCCCAGAUUCCACUAAGUAUCUGUCUAGAUAUGUACAUACAUAUAUGUAUAAGAGAAGAAUUGCAUCUGUGUGACUGAAACUUGAAAUAGUAAUAGAACAGAGAGGUAGUUCACUGUAAGUAUCCACCUACAUCACAUUCGGGGCCCAAUCCGGCAUUCCUGGUCGCACCAGGGCUCAAGGAUUGGGCCUUCUUUUUGAAUUACUAGUUGCAUUUAGUAAGAAAGUAGAAAGAAUAAGCAAAAUCCGGAUACUCUCUCUUUAAAUCAUAAGAUGCAUUUUGAUGUUUUCCGUACGUUCUGGUUUAUUCUUUUUUAAAAGAAGAUUAAUAAAUAAAUAAAUAUACUGAUGAGCUCAAAAAUUAUAUUAUAUUAUAUAUAUUUAUCCAUAACUCAGAGUAGGUGAUUUGAGAGAAAGCAGUUUUCUUAAUUUGUUACCCUGUAAAUAAGUAUACAUUUUUGUAUAACAAAUCAAGUUUGAAUUAUGAAUUCCAUCUGGCGUCCAAGCAUGUGAAUGUGAGCAUUAUUUGACUGUAUCUUGUAUAGAUGUUCAGUGACGUGCUCAGGUGCUCAGCAAUAGCUGACUAGCGUGUGUGCUGUCAUGCUAGCCGACUAUGUGUACAGCAUACCCAAUGUUUAAAAAAAAUCUGCAAAAAUACCUUAAAAAAGAAAACGACAACAAGAGUAGUCCUUGGAGAAAUGUCAUGUUUCUGCAAUGAAUGUUGCAUGCAUUGAUGGUGGUUUGUUAAUUUUUUUGGUUUUGUUUUAUUUAUUUUGCUUCCAAAUUCUCUCAGCAAAACAAAACAAACUUGUUCUAAAAGGUUGUAUAAAUUGAGACAAAAGCAGUAUGAGAACUGUAUAAAGAAAAUGCUUGUAAAUCUGUCUCGUUUUCCACUUUAUGUAUAAAUCCAUGUUAUGGUUUUGUGGUUGUAUACAGGAUGUAUCUUGAGAAACUUAUACAAAUUGUGCUGUAUAAAGGC